CCACUGUAAUAAAGUCCUACGUAUACACUGAUGUGUUUCUAUUUAAUUCGUUGACACAGUACGUUUAAUUAUAUAUUUAGUGUUUUAUGUUUCACAUAAAUUCAAAUAUAUGCAGAUGAUUUGAUAGUUUUAUAACAAGAAAGAUGAUUUUGUUUAUUAUACUGGUGACAGGUGUCUCAGCCUCAGUGUUUCCCAACCUUGAUCAUAUUCGUCCAUCAGUCAGUUUGAAGGACCAGCGUCAAGCAGCUCAAGAUUUGAUUGGUCGAGUACUGGGUCAAAGGUCAAGUAGCUUUCAAGUGGUUAUUGUAGGAAACACAGAUCCAGAGUUCAAAGACACUUUUAACGUAAUAUCAGAUGGUAAUAAUGUGACAAUAACAGCAACAUCUGGUGUAUCAGCAGCAAUGGGCUUCUAUUAUUUCUUAAAGACAAAGUGUGGGUGUCAGUUUACAUGGGGUGGAGAGCAGCUUUAUCUUCCAAGUUCAUUACCCGUGAUCACUAAACCUGGUCUUACUGUAAAAACAAAUGACAGAUUUCGCUACUACCAGAACGUAUGCACACCUAGUUAUUCUUAUGUUUGGUGGGACUGGUCUCGUUGGCAACGGCACAUAGACUGGAUGGCAAUGAAUGGUUUCAAUCUGCCACUGGCAUUUACUGGGCAGGAAGCUAUCUUUCAAAGGGUGUACAGAAAGAUGGGUUUUACUGAUACUGAGCUGCAGCAGCAUUUUGGGGGACCUGCUUUCCUUGCUUGGGCAAGAAUGGGUAACAUGCAGGGUUGGGGUGGACCAUUACCUCAGAGCUGGAUAGAUGAUCAGUUGGCUCUUCAGCACAAGAUCCUAUCUCGUAUGAGAGACUUAGGCAUGAUACCUGUACUGCCUGGGUUUGCAGGUCAUGUACCCAUGUCUAUUACCAGAUUAUACCCGAAGGUGAAGGUCAGUCGACUCAGUGAUUGGGGACAUUUUAAUCAGACCUACUGCUGUACCUUUCUAUUGGAUUUUAAUGAGCCUCUUUUCAAGAAAAUUGGCAAGGCUUUUAUAGAAGAGAUGCAGUCAGAGUUUGGUGUUGACCAUGUGUACAAUGCAGAUUCUUUCAAUGAAAUGGACCCUUCAUCAAGUGAUACAGCAUACAUUAAGUCAGCUGGACAAUCAGUUUACAGUGCAAUGACUGCAGCAGACCCACAAGCUGUUUGGUUGAUGCAGGGUUGGUUGUUUUUGGCUGGAGCAUCGUUCUGGCAACCUGAGCAAACUAAAGCUUUAUUGACCUCAGUCCCACAGGGUAGAAUGAUUGUACUAGAUUUAUUUGCUGAAGUUAGACCCGUCUAUAAUUCCACUCACUCAUUUUAUGGACAGCCAUUUAUAUGGUGCAUGCUGCAUUCUUUUGGAGGUACAAUGGAACUUUAUGGUGUCAUUGAAACUGUUAAUAAGGGACCUUUUAAGGCAAGGCAGUUUGUUGACAGUACUAUGAUAGGUACAGGGCUCACACCAGAGGGGAUUUUCCAGAAUGAGGUCAUGUAUGAAUUGAUGAAUGAAAAUGCUAUAGCUUCAAGUCCAAGAAAUUUAACUAAAUGGUUUUCUGACUAUGCCAGGAACCGGUAUGGAAAGUAUGAUGUAGACACAGAAAAGGCAUGGCAACUGUUAAAGGCUACAGUGUAUAAUUGCACUGAUAAUCACUCUAAUGGUGGGUCACAUGUAAUACCCACUAGGAGGCCAAAACUAUCAUUACGGCCAGAAAUUAGUGUGUAUAACAAUACAGAUAUGCUGAAAGAUCAUAGUAAAUAUGUCAUACCAACUUCUAGACCCAGUCUGAAGCCACAUAUACCAGAUAUUUGGUAUGACCCUCAACAGCUUUACACUGCCUGGGGUCACAUGGUCAAAGCUUCAAGUAAAUUGGGUUCAAGUACACUAUUCAGGUAUGACCUUGUAGAUAUUGCCAGAAACAGUCUUCAGGUUAUUUCAACCAAGUUUUAUACAGAAAUGAUAGCUGCUUAUAAAAACAAAGACAUGGCAAUGUUAAAAUCAGCUGGAAGUGACCUUAUUGAACUUUUAGAGGACUUAGAAAUGCUACUUGCUUCUGAUAAACAUUUCUUAUUGGGUACUUGGAUCAGAGAUGCUAGGAAUCGGGGCCACACAGUGGCUGAGAAAAACUUGAUGGAAUAUAAUGCCAGGAACCAGGUUACUUUGUGGGGACCAACUGGCGAGAUCAGAGACUAUGCGGCAAAACAGUGGUCUGGACUAUUUUCUGGAUAUUAUACAAAGAGAUGGCAGAGCUUCCUUACCAGUCUUUUACAGUGUGUAGAAAAGGGUGAAAAAUUUAACCAUAAGAAGUUUGAGAUGAUGGUACUGGAGACUAUAGAGCAGCCAUUUACAUUCAGCAGGGAAGCUGUUCCUGACACACCAAAAGGAGAUUCCGUACAGAUUGCCAGUAGUUUGUAUCAGAAGUAUUUACCCACAAUGCAGUCUGAUUUUUACCGCCAUUUAAAAAGUUGGUCAUCACAAGGGCUCAAGAAAUACACAGCUGUAUCACAGGAAUGGGUGAAGACAAAAUGGAAAAUCGACAGAGCAACAUUCCACGAUAUGCUUUAAUGAUGUAUACAUGUAAGAGCAACAUUCCACGAUAUGCUUUAAUGAUGUAUACAUGUAUGAAAUACUCGACUGUGAUAGAUUUAUAUGAAAUCCUAAAUCAUGUAAAUCAAUAUUCAUUGUCUGUAUACAAGAUUUAUAACUCAUGUAGCAGGGAACCAGUCUCAAGAUGAAGCAUUUGAUUGGUUAAUUCUGAAAACGGAUUUGGAACUUUAACUUUAUUUACCAACUUGCAAUUUUUCAAACAGAUUUGGACAGAGAUUUUUCUUCAAGAUUUGUUCUGUUCUAAAGUUUUGAUUUUAAUCGAUUUUUUAUAGGUACAUGUAUGUUAAUAUAGUUAAGAAUGCUAUUUUGAGAAAAAAAUAUGAUAAUGUAUUACGUACGCAAAUAUUGAAUUUAUUAUUUAUAUUAUAAUUUUCUAUGCGAGUUAACAGGUUUUUGAUAUUUUGUAUAAUUUUUAUUUUAUAUGUUGUAUGUAAAGAUCUGCCAUAUUUUUGUAUUAAACUAUCACAAAGGUAUA